GCUGACAAGAUUCCGCCUUUAGAUCCGGAUGCCAAAAUUCUCCUCUUACUGGGCAGAGACAUCUUGCAAGUACAUAAGGUCCGAGAACAGAUAAGUGGCCCAGGAGAUGCACCGUUCGCGCAAAGGCUUGAUCUAGGAUGGGUCGUCGCUGGCGAUGUGUGCCUUGGAGGGCUCACAGAACGCAAGAGGUGGGAAGCUACAAAACAGCCAUCUUAGAGAACGGUCGUCGCGAGUUAUCUUCAACCGUGCAACAACCAGAUCAAAGUGAAAGAGGUAUUUGGUCAAGCGUCUAGACCUCAGCAUCAUCCAGCACCAACCUCCAUCCACGGUUCAAUGACACUCAGCGGAGACCCCUUAGGGCAAACCGUCUUCGCUUGUUCUCCCGACGACCAUAGACUCGCGCUCCAUCCAUGGAGGAUUUAGAGUUUCUGAAGAUAAUGGAAGGUGAGUGCUAUCAAGACAGUUUCAAAAAUUGGGUUGCACCUUUACCCUUUCGGUCGCGAGACAGCGUCUUCCUAACAACAGGAAGCAGGUUUUCGACCGUCUUAUCUCGCUCCAGCGCUCAUUGGAAAAACGACCACAGAUGAAAGCCGAUUUUCUGGAGUUUAUGGAAAAGAUGUUCAAGAAGGCACACGCUGAAGUCGCCCCGCCAGUACAGCCUGGACAAGAGUGUUGGUACUUACCUUUGUUUGGUGUGUAUCAUCCAAGGAAACCAGAUAGGAUUCGUGUGGUCUUCGACAGCAGUGCAUCAUAUGAAGGAGUGUCGCUCAACAAUAUCUUGCUCACUGGUCCCGACCUUAAUAAUAGCUUGCUAGGUGUUCUUAUGAGGUUUAGGAAGGAACAGGUGGCGAUCACUGCCGACAUCGAGCACAUGUUCCACUGCUUUCGUCAAGGAGGACCACCGUGAUUUUCUUCGCUUCCUGUGGUACAGGAACAACGACCCUACCUCCGACAUCGUGGACUACAGAAUGCGGGUUCACCUUUUUGGGAAUAGUCCUCACCUGCCGUUGCAGUGUAUGGUCUGCGACGGGCAGCAAAGGAAGCAGAGGCCGACUAUGGUAGUGAUGCAAGAAGUUUCAUCGACCGCCAGUUCUAUGUCGACGACGCUUUGAAGUCCUUCAGCACAGAGGAAGAGGCCAUCAGCGUCCUUGGGCGAGCACAGAAGAUGCUUGCGGCUUCCAACCUCAGGCUACACAAAAUUGCUUCAAAUCGUCCAGCAGUCAUCGAGCGUUUCCAUUUGAAGAUCGCAGUAAGGACGUCAACAGCCAAGAUCUCUUUGUUGAUGAUCCGCCAAUACAACGUAGCCUUGGAUUGUUCUGGAACAUGCGCGCAGACACCUUCAUGUUUCAAAUCGAAGACGACCAGAAGCCAUUCACUCGCAGAGGAGUACUUUCGACCGUGAACAGCCUCUACGAUCCUCUCGGAUUCCUCGCACCCAUCACAGUUCAUGGAAGACUAAUACUCAGACAACUGACUAAGCAAGCAGAGGAUUGGGACACACCUCUACCCAAAGACAUGGAGACCGAAUGGAUUAGAUGGAAACGGUCACUCCGAGACCUGGAGGACUCCAGAUACCACGCCCUUAUACGUCAUUCUCCACCGCGGGUGCUCUAAGGAGAGAACUCUGUAUCUUCGCAGAUGCAUCGGUCAAGGCAAUAGCAGCCGUAGCCUACAUCAAGGUGACAAACCACCAAGAACAGAUUGACAUUGGCUUUGUCUUCGGGAAGGCGAAGUUGGCGCCCCAGCCCGAUUUAACUAUUCCAAGACUUGAGCUCUGUGCGGCUGUACUCGCCAUCGAGAUCGCUGAGAUGGUAGUUUCAGAGAUGGACAUAACGUUCAACAACAUCACCUACUACACAGAUAGCAAGGUUGUAUUGGGAUACAUCCAGAAUCAGUCAAGGAGAUUCUAUGUCUAUGUACACAACAGGAUCCAAAGAAUCUGUCAAUCACCUUGUUCCGGCCCAUGGAAGUACGUUCCAACGCAUCUCAACCCAGCUGACAUUGGGUCAAGAACUGUGCCUUCAGACUUGCUUAGCAGCACAACUUGGCUCAAAGGGCCAGCCUUUCUUCGUGAUGUGUCUUCACAUUCUCCUGAGAUUCAAGACGCUUACGACCUUAUCAACCCCGACGCCGACUCUGAAGUGCGUCCCCAGGUGGUGGCGAGUUUUACUCACGUUACCAGAGAUGUGAUACAUCCACAACGCUUCGAACGCUUCUCCAAGUUCAGCACUCUCCUCACAGCCAUAGCUCACCUCAUCCACGUGGCUCGUUCUUUCGCCAAUUUUACUCAGGAUGAAUGUCAAGGGUGGCAUGUCUGUCGACCUACAGAGGAAGAGUUGUUGAGAGCCAAAGUGUGUAUUGUGAAGAGCGUCCAGAAUCAGUGCUAUUCAGAGGAACUUAAGUGCAUCAACUCAGGAUCUAACAUUCCACCGAGCAGCAGCCUUUGGAAACUGCACCCCAUCAUAGACCAAAAUCAACUGCUUAGAGUAGGAGGUCGAAUUGAGCAGUCGGAUCUGAGCAUGAACGAAGUUCAUCCCAUCAUCAUUCCUGGCCGGCAUCAUCUAGCUACCCUGCUCGUGUCUCACUAUCACGAAGCAGUGAAGCACCAAGGAAGACAUCUGACCGAAGGCGCCAUUCGAGCGGCAGGAUUCUGGCUGGUGGGAGCUAAACGUUGCAUCAGCAGUUUGCUUCAUAGAUGCGUCACUUGUAGAAGACUGAGGGGAAAAAUGGAACAUCAGCAGAUGGCAGCUCUGCCAGCAGAACGGUUACAAGUAGCACCUCCUUUCACCUACGUAGGUGUCGACGUCUUUGGACCCUGGGAAAUCGUCUCACGCCGUACAAGAGGAGGAGUCUCCAACUCUAAACGAUGGGCUGUGAUGUUCUCUUGUAUGUGUUCGAGGGCAGUCCACAUCGAGGUGAUUGAAACCAUGAGUACCAGCAGUUUUAUCAAUGCCUUGAGGAGGUUCUUUGCAAUCAGGGGCCCUGCGAAGCAGAUCCGUUCCGACUGCGGAACUAACUUCAUCGGUGCUUCUCAUGUACUGGACAUGGAUCAGUCGAAUCCAGGCCUCAAAAAAGUGGAAGAGUACUUGCACACUCAGAGCUGCACAUGGGUAUUCAACCCACCCCACGCGUCUCAUAUGGGCGGCGCGUGGGAACGAAUGAUUGGCAUUGCCCGCAGUAUUUUGGACUGCAUGUUGCUUGAGCAGAAAAGGUCUCAUCUUUCACAUGAAGUCCUGACCACCUUCAUGGCCGAAGUAGCAGCAAUCAUGAAUGCUAGACCGCUCAUCCCGGUGUCAUCGGAUCCGGAGUCGCUUCUUAUCCUCACUCCAGCAAUGCUUCUGACCCUCAAGACAGGUUCUGCACCUCCUCCUCCGUCAGCAAGCUUUGAGGAAGCACAUCUCAUCAGAGAAGAGUGGAAGCGAGUUCAGAGCCUAGCAGACAUGUUUUGGAACAGGUGGAAACAUGAAUACCUCAAAACAUUGCAGCUUCGACACAAGUGGCAAGGAAAGAGGCCAAAUCUACAAGAACGAGACAUGGUUCUUUUGAAAGACAAUCAAGCUAAGAGAAAUCAAUGGCCUAAAGGCAUUAUCACAAAAACCUUUCCAGGAGAAGAUGGAUUGGUUCGGAAGGUUCAAGUGGAAAUUGUUAAGGAUGGAACCAGAAAGACCUUUUCUCGGCCAGUUACAGAAGUGGUUUUGCUUUUUCCCCAAAGACCGAUUCUGUUACUUAAUGUGGGCUCUUUAAAGACCCCAAGCGGGGAGUGUCAUGCCGCUUUAGACAAAAAAGGUUUUUUGUUUAUCUCAGCAGUACAGCGCCAUCUGUUUAUUUCUGUAACUAUAGUAAUGUAAUACGGGCGCACGUCUUGAAUCAGGAAGUAGAUCGCCGUGCGGUAGUCAGUUACAGCAGUGUGCGAGUUCUACCGGUCAUCCGUUCUCAGGCGAUCGCUUUCUCCUCUUCUCUUUGCUGAAGCAACGUCUGUGAGUAUUUCUCGUCGUGUAAUAUUAGGAUAGCGCCUAUUUAUAUCUUUUGUACGGCUAAGUUAGCUUUCUGUUUAUUACUGCUGAUUGAUUGAUUACUAGCUCGAUUGCGUUUACUAUACAGAUCACCGCUGUGUAGAUAAUCCGUGCUGUUUUUUCUGUUACUUUGUAUUUGGAUUUAAUAUUAAUACAUAUUACAUUUGUAUUGCAUUACAGUUUCACAAUAUGCCCAGUAAACUUUAUGGAAAUGAAUCAUCUGUGUCCUGGAGUUUCUUGGGAGUGUUUAAGCUGAAUGGAGCUUAGUCCAUGACAGUGAAAAGACGGCGACGCAGCUAACGAGGGUCACAAGGAUUGCCAUCUUACGGAGCAAUUUAAUACCAAGAGAUAAGUGGUUAACGCUACAGCGCCCGUCAGCAACGCCAUAGCUCUCUUCUCCCGUAAUUGUCAACGCAGUGAGUCACAAUGUCACAACAUAGCGACAGUAGGAAAAGGGACGAAGAUAUCCAGUCCGAGACUAUGCGUUCAAGAAGCAGUCGUUCAUCUGGUUCAUCGGCCAGCUCGAAGAUUAGUAUGGCUGUUGCCAUGGCAAAGGCGAAGGCUGAAGCAGCGCAAGCUAGAGCAGCACACACGCAGAAAGAAAUCGAACUUAAAGUAGAGCAAGCCCGCGUUCAAGCUAAUCUUGAUGCCUUAAACGAUGAGAAAGAAAAGGAUGCAGCCAUAGCAGAGGCAAAUGCCCUCAUGGCUGGUCUACAAGAUAUGGGUUUUGAAGUAUGCAGUAAGGCUAGCAGCCAGGUUCCUCUAUCGGUCAAAGACCAGCGAGUUGCCGCUUAUGUGACGGUGCAAGCCAGCCUAUGCAGCAGAGAUUUAUCAGUCAAAAAAGGUUGUGAUUAUGUUCCGCCAACGCUGCAUCCUCCGUAUUCCCAACCUAAUGAUGCUAUUUUCUCAACGCCUCACUCACUCAGCGUGCGUCAAAAUCAAGCUGCUGCUUCCGCAGAUAUUAUGCCACAUGAAGCUCAUCAAGCUUCUCAGACCAGUGGAGCGCCGCUUACAACAAAGCUACAAUCAAGCGCUUAACUCUGUCCCAGUGCUUCAGCGCGGUGGGAUCCGUCUGCAACAGAACAUCAAAGCGGAUCCUCACCUCCUACACGCACGCAUGCCCACGAGAUACCUUUUGGAGCUAGCUAUGACCAUUCUACAUCCACUGGAGAUCUCAUUAAAUACCUAGCUCGUAGCAGCCUGGUGACUUCAGGUCUAACCACAUAUGAUGACCAGCCAAUGAACUAUUGGGCCUGGAAAACAUCGUUCCUGAACGCUAUCGCCGAUCUUGACCUGUCUGCUGCAGGAGAGCUCGACCUCCUCACCAAGUAUCUAGGAAGAGAGUCGACAGAACAAGUAAGAAGAAUUAAAACAGUUAACAUUAAGGAUCCAACAACUGGAUUGCGCAUGGCAUGGGAACGCCUCG